AAUUCUGCAAGUGGUUCUGAUUUACUAUCGCUGUUCUCUAGCUGGUCUAAAACCGCUUUUGACCUAAAGGGACGCUUUUUGGACGCCAUGGACAUUUCUCAAUUUCCAGGCAGAAAGAACAGUCAAAAUGCAGGCAGGGCACAGGACAAAGCACUAGGGACAAAAUGUAUGUGAAAUGCUUUGAUACAUGUAUUGAGUGAAUGUCACUUUUAAAAUUUUUGAAUUUCCUGCUGGUUCCGUCCCCGUAUGUUCCGACGCUCGCAGGGACUAGAACCCAGAAGACGGAUGCUGGCCUUGGCUGGAGGAGAUGGCCGGGGAUGCUGCAGGGGGGACAU